UAGUUAAAUUCAAAUUAAUUAGAAAAGAACACUUCACAUGCCGGAUAUUAUAUCUAUAAGCAUAUAGAUACCAGUUAUCAUUACACUCUACACUUCAUAUUAAACUUUUAAGGGAACAAAGCUUUUUUAUUGUCCAAAAGAAAAAAGCUCAUGGACUCAUCUCAUAAGCCAAGAACUUUUUCCCCAAAUCUGUUCUUUUUCUUCCUUCUUGUGUCCUCAAAUCUCCUCACCUUUUUCAUUUGUAACACUUUUAAGAACUCUUCUUGUGCUCUAUACCAACAAACAUAUAAUGCCAUUGCCACUGUUUCAUCACUUAAUACUUCUAUCCCUUUGGUUGUUGAGCCUGCAGCAAAUAGAGGUGAUGAUGUUCAAGAAUCUAAUAAACCAGCAGCUGAUUUAGACCUUCCAUCUGAGUUCCUUGCUUUCACAUCUCCACAUAAACUACCAUUUGGAUUCAGCAGAAACUUUGAUUCUGACGAAAUCAUCCCUCCAGUGGGGCAUCCGUGUACCAGGUUUCCGGAUUUACUUCGUCGUUACAUGUCAUACAGAGUCAAUGGUUCUUGCCCUGAUGAUGAGCUCCUAGCACAGAAGCUGCUUCUCAAAGGUUGUGAGCCUCUCCCUCGCCGCAGAUGUCGUCCUGCUGCUCAAAAGGAAUAUGUUGAGCCUUACCCUUUUCCUGAGGGUUUUUGGAGAGUACCAUCAGAUUCAUCUGUGGUUUGGACAGCAUAUACGUGCAAAAACUAUGAAUGUCUCAUCAACAGGAAAACUCAGAAAGGAUUUGAUGAUUGCAAAGACUGCUUUGACCUCAAUGGUAGAGAGAAAAACCGUUGGUUGUCGACAAAGGGAGCUGGUCUUGACUUCUCUAUAGAUGAAGUACUGGCAGUGAAGAAUCCUGGUACAAUCAGAACAGGACUCGACAUUGGAGGUGGUGUGGCUACAUUUGCUGUAAGAAUGAGAGAAAGGAACAUAACAAUAUUAACAACAUCAAUGAAUCUCAAUGGUCCUUUCAAUACAUUUAUAGCAUCAAGAGGAGUCAUACCUUUGUAUAUAAGCAUUUCACAGAGACUUCCUUUCUUUGACAAUACAUUAGAUAUAGUGCACUCAAUGCAUGUGUUGAGUAAUUGGAUACCAACAACACUGCUCCACUUCUUAUUUUUCGACAUCUAUAGAGUGCUUCGGCCUGGUGGGCUGUUCUGGCUUGACCAUUUCUUCUGUGUUGGUGAGCAAUUUGCGCAACUCUAUGUUCCCCUUAUAGAGAGCAUUGGGUUCAAUAAGGUCAAGUGGGUCGUUGGGCGAAAAUUGGACAGAGGCCCCGAGCUGAAUGAGAUGUAUCUUUCAGCACUGUUGGAGAAACCACUCAAGAAUUCUUGGUGACAAUAUUAGAUGUUUCUCUUACUAUAUUACUUUGUUAGAAGUAAAAAAGGAGGUUUCUUUCAGGACUAAUGUUUUUUUCUUUUUAUUACCGAUUCGUUUUAGAUGACAUCUCCAGAUAUAAACUAACAGUUUGAUGUAACUUAGUAUGAGUUGUUAUGUUUGUGGACCAAAUCCUGGUUAGCUUUUAUAUUUUCUGGUGAUAAUGCCAAAAACCAGAUUCCAUAUUUAGAGCAUAAGAUUGUACCUUCA